AGACUCUAACGGGAAGCGAAUAAAAAAAAUAUUUGUAAAAUAAUUUGACGAAUUGAUGCAAAUACUGAAGCUAGUCUCUGAUAGUUGAUUCAUAUGUAUUAUUUUGAAAAUGGUCUACGUAAGGUGACUCCCUAUUACCUUAGAUUCAAGACUCAUCCUAAACCAAGAUGGAUAGGAAAAACUGUUUUGGAAAUUUUCACUACAGAAUUUGCUGACUCUGAAGAAGCUCUCAUCCAAGAUAUCAAAGAUGAAUUACUAUACAUAGAAGAAAACUUUGGUAAGAAAGGAGGAACUAAUACUAUACGAGGUUUGGAAAGCUUAAGAUGGAGGAAAACAGAUAGAUUCGACGUUAUCCAUAAUUCAAAACAUAUGCAUGAACCAAGUGUACCUGAUACUGAAGUAGGUAUUGUAUUCGAAGAUGAUGAAUUCCUAGUUAUAGACAAGCCAUCAGGUAUACCGACACAUCCUACAGGAAAUUACUUUUAUAAUUCAAUAACAGAAAUACUAAAGAAGGAAAAUGGUUAUGUCAAUCUCUGGCCAUUUCAUCGACUUGAUAAAGUAACAUCUGGGAUUUUAAUAUUUGGUAAAUCAAAAGCUGCAUCUCAAAAAUAUCAUGAUUUAUUCCAAGGUAAUCGUGACAAAAUCACGAAAACUUAUAUAGCAAGAGUUGUGGGGAACUUUCCUGAAGAAGAGACAAUGGUUAAUUGUCCUAUUUUUAUGGUCAAUUCAACUGGUGGUUACAUAAAACCUUUAAAUGCAGAAAUGUUACCAGUUAAUUCAACGACGGUUUUUACCAGAUUAAAGUAUAAUGAGGAAAUGAAUGAAAGUGUCGUUCUAUGUAAACCAUUAACAGGCAAGAUGCAUCAGAUAAGAAUUCAUCUAAGAAAUUUAGGGUUCCCUAUAGCUAAUGAUGUACUUUACAAUCCACUGAUACCAGAAUUACCUAAUCACGAAGUGAACACCAUAAACAACAGCAUAGAAGUGGAGCUAUAUAAAAGAAUUUUUCAAAAGCAUCCUGAGUUUGGACAAUUUCAAAGAGUAGAUCCUCUGGUUGUCAAAUCAGACGAAUGUAUUGACUUGUUUACAAUUACCAAUUUUAGAAACGAUUGCUCCAUUUUAUCGCAGGUUGAGAAAUUGAUAGAAAUUAGACAAGCAAAUCUUCAAAAGCUUAAAGAUGAUCAUGAUACUGUCUGUGAUGUUUGUCAAAGAGAAAUAUUUACAUCAGAUAAGGAUAUGACUGAUCUGGGAAUAUGGCUACAUUCGUACAAAUAUGAAUGUGAUGAAGAAAAUGGAUUUCAAUAUACAACAGAGUUACCUAAAUGGGCCGACAUAUAAAUUUAACGUCUUCUAACAGGUUUGGGGUUUAGGAACGGAUACUUUGGUAAAAAUCCAGGGACUCUUUGUGGUCUAACUGUAUUAUAUAGGGUAGCUUUUGAUCUUAAGUUAUUUAGAUCACCAUUUUUAAACUUAGCAUCUCUGUAACUUUCAAUUAGUUUAGUUUGUAAUUGCUUAUGAUGUAAGAUUUUAUCCACGCUAGAUAAUAAAUCCCCUUGGCAUCGAUCUAUUUCUUCAGAUGUAUUUGGAACUCUCUUAAAUGAAAACUUGUAUAUACCAGCUAGAUCAAGAGCUUUUGGAUCAUUUUUAUCUUCAACUUCUUUGACAGCAUUGAACAAUAAUCGUUUCAAUAACUUUCUAUAACGUAUUCUCCCAAAAGCUGUUGAAAAUGGUGUAAGUUUCUCCAUAAAGAAUGUAUUAGCUUUAUAACGCCCCUUAUACAGAUUCACACUUUUCUCAAGUUCUGGAUCAUUUAACUUGUAUCCACCAUGGUUUUGGAA